AUGGCAUCCGUAUUAGGUCAGUCUCAAUCCGUCCUCGCCGUCGUAGACGUCUUGAAUCAACGACGAUACAAAGUAAAGAAGCCGCGUCAGCCACAACCGGAAGCGGAUGGUGAUCCGAUUGGUGCGCACAUGGAUCGAGCUAUUUACGCCAUUACUGGCUUCAAGGAACAAGUGGCUGCUAUGGAUGACGUCAACCACGACAAUAGAGGACAUUCCCAUUAUCUUUUUUCCAGUAAUGAGCUGACGCAGAGCGCAGAUAAAAGGUAG